CAAGCCUCCAUAAGACCUUUCUUUUUCUUUUCUUUUCUUUAUUUUUGCAUAUUCACAGCCCUGCUUUCCCUCCGUCGUCCAAAUUCGCUAAAUUCGCAUUUCAAGUUAGAGUAAAAUGGAGGAACUUCUCUCCCGACAUCGCAAAGAGCAAAAAGAUCUUCAAGCACGCAUAACACAGAAAAAAAAGUCCGCGACCAAGAAGACACGCCGGGGAGUUAAUGAUGAAUGCGACCGACUCCAACAAGAGCUCACUGAGCGGCAUCAGGCAGAAAUCGCGGAGCUAAACGGCGAGCCAACCGCGGCACCGGUCGAGGACCUAGACGACCUAACACUCGACGACGAUGACACAAAGAAAAAUGGAGAGACAAAUGGCGUGGAGGCGACGCAAACUCAGGAGACCAAUGGCUCUAAAGCACCGGUAGCGGAGGACCUAUCACAACCAAACUCGCAACCAGCUACACGUGGUAAAAAGCCGAACCGCCAAAAGGCCCGGUUAGCUCGACGUGCCGCAGAGCAGGUGGCCCAAGCAGUGCAGGCGGAAGAAGAAGCCGCGAAGUUAACGGAUCAUCGCGGAAACGAGAAGGAAGUUAUGGAUAGCGUGUUUAAACAGUUCAAACUCCAAGAAGUGGAGAUAAAUCCGGACGGACAUUGUCUUUUCUCUGCAGUUGCGAAUCAAUUGGAUGAGAUGGGACUGGGGCUUGCGCCGGACCCUAGUAGGAUUGUUCUCCAGCCUACGACACAGUCUCGUGUUGAUACGGUCGUUUCUCCCAAACAUGAUGGAUAUAGAGCGGUCCGGGCUGUGACGGCAGAUUUCAUUACGGAGCAUAAGGACGAUUUCGAGCCAUUUAUGGAAGAACCUUUGGAACAAUAUACCAGGAAGAUUAAGCUGACUGCUGAAUGGGGAGGUCAACUGGAGCUCCAAGCUAUUGCGAGGGCGUAUGGAGUGGAUAUUAACGUUGUCCAGGGCGAUGGGCGGAUUGAAAAAAUCGAAUCUGGCGAUACCCACAGUUCUGACGAGGAAGAGCGAGUCAAGCGAGUCAUUUGGUUGGCCUAUUAUAGGCAUACAUACGGCCUCGGGGAGCAUUAUAACGCCUUAACGAAGCAAAACCAAUGAAGAAAAAAAAAAGGCGGGGAUACUAAAAGCAAUUAUUAUACCACUAGUCUGAUGGAUGUCUGGACACCAUCUGGCUACUAUGAAUAUAC